AUGCCUUACUUCUAUCGGACCUCAGGGCCUAAGGAUCUCACAACUCCCAAGGACACACACAUCACCCACUCUUCAGGCCUAAAUUUUGAGCAGCUAAGGCAGGAGUGCUUGAAGAAGGCCAUCCUGUUUGAGGAUGCAGACUUUCCAGCCAAUAGCUCCUCUCUUUUCUACAGUGAAAUGCCCCAGAUCCCCAUCGUGUGGAAACGGCCAGGGGAAAUUGUGAAAAACCCAGCAUUCAUUAUUGGAGGAGCCACCAGGAUUGACAUCUGCCAAGGGGAGCUUGGGGACUGCUGGCUGUUAGCUGCAAUUGCAUCCUUGACACUUAAUGAAAAAGCACUUGCUAGAGUCAUUCCCCAGGAUCAAAGUUUUGGCCCUGGCUAUGCUGGGAUAUUCCAUUUCCAGUUCUGGCAACACAGUGAAUGGCUGGAUGUGGUGAUUGAUGACCGACUGCCUACCUUCAGAGAUCGCUUAAUCUUUCUCCAUUCUGCUGAUCACAAUGAAUUCUGGAGUGCCUUGCUGGAAAAAGCUUAUGCCAAGCUAUAUGGGAGCUACGAGGCUCUGAAAGGGGGCAGUGCCAUUGAGGCCAUGGAAGACUUCACUGGAGGUGUAUCUGAGAUCUUCACAACUAAAGAUUCUCCAGAGAACUUCUAUCAGAUUUUAGAUAAGGCCUUGAAGAGGGGUUCUCUGGUGAGCUGCUCCAUUGAUAUAAAAAUUGCUACAGAAUCUGAAGCCCGGACACCUUUUGGUCUUAUUAAGGGCCAUGCCUAUACAGUGACGGGAAUUGACCAGGUAAACUUCCAAGAUAAGAAAACUGAGCUCAUCAGAAUCCGGAAUCCUUGGGGCCAGGUCGAGUGGAAUGGGUCCUGGAGUGACAGUUCUUCUGAGUGGCAUUCUGUCAACCCUGCUGAACAAAAACGCCUGUGCUACACUGCAUUGGAUGAUGGGGAAUUCUGGAUGGCAUUUAAGGACUUCAGGGUCCAUUUUGACAAAGUUGAGAUCUGUAAUCUCACUCCAGAUGCCCUAGAGGAGAAUACUCUUCACAAAUGGGAGGUGACAGUCCACCAAGGAAGUUGGGUUCGGGGCUCCACAGCUGGUGGUUGCCGCAAUUUCUUGGAUACCUUCUGGACCAAUCCACAAAUAAAAUUAUCCUUGACUGAAAAAGAUGAUGGGCAGGAAGAAAGCACUUUUCUUGUAGCUCUAAUGCAGAAAGAUCGAAGGAAACUCAAGCGUUUUGGUGCCAAUGUGCUGACUAUUGGCUAUGCCAUUUACCAGUGUCCCAAGAAAGAUGAACACCUGAACAAAGACUACUUUAGAUACCAUGUUUCCCAGGCUAGAAGCAAAACAUUCAUCAAUUUGAGAGAAGUCUCUGACCGGUUCCAGCUGCCCCCUGGGGAAUACAUCCUGAUCCCUAGCACUUUUGAGCCCCAUCAGGAAGCUGAUUUCUGCCUGAGAAUCUUUUCAGAGAAGAAAGUCAUUACCCAGGAUAUGGAUAGAAAUGUGAACAUUGACCUUCCUAAGCCUCAGAAGUUGGAUCCACCUGAACAAGAGACAGAAGAGGAGCUGCAGUUCCGAGCCCUUUUUCAACAAGUUGCUUGUGAGGAAAUGGAGGUGACAGCAAAGGAACUUGAAUAUGUUUUAAAUGCUGUACUACAAAAGAAAAAGAACAUCAAAUUCACAAAACUAAGCUGGAUUUCCUGUAAAAACAUCAUUUCCUUAAUGGAUACCAAUGGUAAUGGUAAACUGGAGUUUGAUGAAUUCAAAGUGUUCUGGAACAAACUGAAGAAGUGGACUAAUCUUUUCCUUCAGUUUGAUGCUGACAAAUCUGGCACCAUGUCUUCUUAUGAACUACGGACUGCCCUGAAAGCUGCAGGCUUCCAGCUGGGUAGUCACCUCCUGCAGCUGAUUGUUCUCAGGUAUGCAGAUGAGAACCUGCAACUGGGCUUUGAUGACUUCCUCAACUGCCUGGUCAGGCUGGAAAAUGCAAGCAGAGUGUUCCAGGCUCUCAGUAUGAAAAACAAGGACUUCAUUCAUCUGAAUAUAAAUGAGUUUAUCAACUUGACAAUGAACAUUUGAGCCUUCUUUGGUGUGAAUUCAGCCUGCCUGAAUCUUGACAUUUGGACCAUGAAUUUCAGACAUCUGGUGUAACCCAGGACUCUCAUCUUUUUCAUUGUCUGACUCUCUUCUCUCCAUUCCAUUUCUCAGCACCAUCCUGAUCUCAGAAGAAUCAAAUGGACUGACUCAUUUAGAUUCAAGUUCAGAGAUUGCUAACAACACUUACUUAACAUAUUCCACCUCCUCCCAUUACUGAUUACUCAAGUCAAUGUACAGAAUCCUGACUUCAACCAUUGUC